CACUACAAGCAUUGCUACUUCUAGUUCUCAAGUGCGUUCUUCUUCUCUCUGAAAAGGCAAAGAAAUUAAGUGCAAGUACUUCUCAAAAAACGAAAACCAUGAAGAUGAUGAGCCAAGCAACCAUGGAAGAGUCCAAGAAAAAGAUGUCAUGCAGAAGGCUUGGAGGGUACCUUAGACAACAGAAAGGCAGGCUCUACAUUAUCAGGAGAUGUGUAGUCAUGCUCCUCUGCUGGCAUGACUAGGCCAAAGCUUAAUUAUGGAUCCUGGCACCAUCUCCGUGAAGUUGAAGAGCAAUCAAGCAAAUCAACCAUCAUUGCUAGCUGUGAACUUGGAGCCAAGCUCUCUAGUCUUCUACUCUCUCUUUUUUUUGUUCGACAUGUAAAUAGAAAAGAGAAAAGGCUACCUAUAUUAGUUGAUUAACUCUAAAACAUAUGCCACUUGAGCUUGUAGUGUACAAGGAAAUGUUUCAAACCAAAUGACUUGAUCUCAACUCUCUAGGAAAACAAGUUUUGCAGCUUCUAUACAA